AUGUGUCUGUAUAGAAGAUAUUAUCUAACUAAAGUAAAUAUCCCUUUUUAUUUUUUCUUUCUUAUCUUUUGCGUUUUUCUUUCUCUUCGUUUCUUUUUUCUCUUCUUUAUUUCAUUCUGCUUUUCUUUUUGCAAUUUUUACAUUUAUUUUUCAUGUUUCUUUUUUCUUCUAUCCAUUACUUUUCUUUCUUAUUUUUCUUUCUUUUCGUAUCUUUCUUUCUUAUUCUUUUUCUUUCUUUUCAUCUUUUUUUCUUUUCGUCUCUUUCUUUCUUAUUCAUUUUCUUUCUUUUCGUAUCUUUCUUUCUUAUUCUUUUUCUUUCUUUUCAUCUUUUUCUUAUUCUUUUUCUUUCUUUUCUUGUCUUUCUUUCUUAUUCUUUUUCUUUCUUUUCGUCUCUUUCUUUUUCUUUUUCUUUCUUUUCGCCUGUUUCUUUCUUAUUCUUUUUCUUUCUGUUGUGUCAAGUUUCAACACUUUCUUUUCAUCUUUUUCUUAUUCUUUUUCUUUCUUUUCUUGUCUUUCUUUCUUUUUCUUUUUUUCUUUUCGUCUCUUUUUCAUUCUUUUUCUUUCUUUUCGCUAUAUUUUUCUUAUUUUUCUUUCUUUUCAUCUUUUUUUCUUUUCGUCUCUUUCUUUCUUAUUCUUUUUCUUUCUUUUCGCCUGUUUCUUUCUUAUUCUUUUUCUUUCUUUUCGCCAUCUUCUUAUUUUUCUUUCAUUUCAUCUUUUUUAUUCUUUUUCUUUCUUUUCGUCUUUUUCUUUCUCAUUCUUUUUCUUUCUUUUCGCCUCGCUUUUUCUUAUUCUUUUUUUUUUCUUUACAUCGCUUUUUCCAUUGAUUCCCACUGUUCUAUCUCUCUCUCUCUCUCUCUCUCUCCCCCCUCUUUCUCCCUCUACUUUUCUCCCUUGGCCCAACAAAUUUUUCAACUUUCUUACUUGUUUCUUAACAGUUGGGCGUCACUCUGCAAUAUUCUUCUCUACCUGAAUGUAUUUAUUUCUACAGCAUUCUUCUUUCUUCCUUUCUUCCUUUCCUCUUUCCUGUCUUUCUAUCUUUCUUUCUUUAUUUCAUAUAACCACUGUUUCUUUUUUUCUUUCUUUCUUUCUGUUAAACUCGGCUUUUUUCAUAUAAAAUUACCUUUCCUUCUUCCUUCUCAUAACAUCGUCUGCCCUUCUUUCUUUCUUUCUUUCUUUCUUGUUUUUGUCUUUCUUUCGUUCCUAUAG